GCCGCUAGCACCGCUAGCAUAUGACGACACUAGGCAAUGACGACACUAUCAACGGCGCGCGUCUCUUCGCCCCUCCUCCGCUUUGAAAUUGACCGUAGACGUGCUUUUGUAAGACAACGUGGCUAUCGUUUCACGGUAACCCGUCUUUCCCCCCUCCUCCGCUUUGGACUUGAACUUACAGUGAUUUUCUGAAGUGUUUACUAAGACACACCGUAAGCUUUUACAAGGCAUUAACUACAGCAGCCUUUAAUACAUCAACUCUUGAUUCAGCCAAGGUAAGUGCCCCCCCUUAUAUUUUCUAUGUAUGUGUUCAGCUGAUAUUUAGAAAAAAAAAUAGGUGUGUUUAGCGCUGGAUGUCAUUUUAUUCCAGAGCUGUUGUUUGUAAUUAAAACUUUUAAGAUUAGAUGGUACAGUGUUUUUACUCCCUUCCAAACAGUAAAGUUCCUCUUUGUCUCUCAGUAGGAAAUUUAAACCAGACAGUACAAGGCUACAUUUCAGUGUUACAAGCCAAUCAGUUUGCUAAUUGUUCUGUGAGAUUUGUUUGCAAAGUUUAAGGAGUUAAGUAGGACUGUGAACAUCUGGGUCUGCUUGCUGCUGGCAUUCUGCCAGAGCCUCAGCAACAAGACCGCCUCCCAGCAACGAGACUGCCUGUCAGCCUUGCAAGGUACCCAAUUUUCCAAUUACUCUAUAACAAAACUGUUGUGGGCAACAAGACUGUCUCCUAAGUUUGCAAGCCAAUCACUUUGCCAAAUGUUCUUGUAAGAUUUGUUUGAAAAGUUUGAGGUGUUAAGUAGGACUGUGAACAUCUGGGUUUGCUUGCUGCUGGCAUUCGAACAGCGUCUCAGCAACAACACUGCCUCCCAGCUUUGUAAGGUAAUUACUUUCCCAAUUACUGUACACCAAAACGAAGUAACUGUCUUGGUCAACAAGUCUGCCUCCCAACUUUCAAGGUAAUCACUUUCUCAAUUACAAUAUACAAACUGUUAUGGAACUUUACUUAACAAAGCCUUAAGACCGGGUAGUGACACUAUCAAUAUGUCUAUUUAAAGAAAAGAGAGAUUUUUUUUUUGUUCUUGUAGUCAUCUUGUCUGUCAAUGUAUCAGAGGGUUAAAAUAACAAAUUGCUUGAAAUGCCAAUAAUUAAUAUUCUGUUUUUAUGUUGACAUUCUACCAGAUGCCGAGAAAAAAUAAAAGAUCCCAGGCACAAAAGAAGCGCUGGAAACCACUUGACCUGGUCGAUCCUGCUGUCCCAAUGCUCACUGGCCACAACCAAGAUGAGGCAGUCAGUAGUUUUCCAUCUGACCAGCAGACGGCACCAGCCGGGUUAUCUUUGGAAACACAGGAUAGACCCACCUCCUUAUGUUCCCCAGGUACCAAGCAGACAGCACCAGCCAGCUUGUCCUUGGAAACGGAGAAUAGACCCACCUCCUUAUGUCCUCCAGGCAGCAAGAGUUCAGAAACUCGUCCACCAGCAAAACGAGUCCGGGCAACCGAUGAUUUCCACACGGCAUCAAAUUCUCCACCUAAAAAGCCUUUCCACAACAUAAAUGAACAACUACUGACAGAGGAGCUACAGAGCAACGCAGUUCAUCACUUCUGGUGUGUCAGUGCAACUCAUUGUCAAAGUGAUGAAAGGUACACAGAAUUCUCUCGAAAUCAUCAGUGCACAUGUAAUGCCCUCACAUUCCUGGCCUACCUUAAUGAGGAACACCAGUUCAACACAGCCCGACUUGAUAAGGUGCUUGAACAGGGAGAUGCACUCUACUGUUGGAUUAAAACAAAUCUUCAGCAGGAGAGGCGUUACACACAAGAUCAUUUGACCAUGGAGGACAUGCCCAAAGAAGUUCAUGCUGACAUAAAUGUCUACAGUGUGAAAAUGGACAACAUAAGGUACGGAUACCUGAAAGCAGAGGACAAAACUUAUCAAAGAAAAGGAUGGUGGUUGCCUCUUGCUAGUCGCCUUGUAUGUCUGUCAACAGAUGUGAACUAUGCUUUGCUCAUGGUUUCGCCUCAGUGCAUUGCAGUUUUCCGUGACAAAUCUGGGAGGUAUGGAUUAUUUGAUUCACAUUCAAGAAGUGCAGCAGGUUUACCCCAGCCAAAUGGAACAGCAGUCAUGCUCACUUUCACUCAUGUGAAUGACCUGAUCACCCACCUGCAUAACCUUUUCCAAAAUCAAGGCAGGUAUGCAAGAUAUGAGUUUGUGCCUGUUUCUUUCAAAAGAGUCAGCACUCACAACGAACAGCCUGCACAGUCAACUCAAGCAACACCAGGAGCAACAGCUACAUCACCACAAAAUGAACCACAAAUCACAAAUCCCACUGUGCAAGUGCCUCAACCAGAAUCAGCCCAAACCUACAUGACAAUGUUAGAAAGUGCUUUAAACCCACAACAAGACAAAAUGGCUUCAAAUCAAAUUUGUGAACAUCAACUUGAAACAUCUGUUGAUCCAACAAGCAACAUCCAGAAAGAACAACAAGAAAUUGGCCUCAAUAAUGAAAGAGAUAAAGUAAAAGAUAAAACCCACCAAAAAGCAAGAAAUGUGAGCAGAUUAAAUAAAGGACGACGUGGGAAAGCUAUUCGUCAAGCUCAAAAAAGUCAGAGGGAGUAUGUAAAAGCUAAAGACAAAUCUUCAACUGAAGAAGUGGCAAAGAAGACAAACAAAAAAAGACACGAAAGAGAACGAUAUGCCUGCUGUCGUGAAUUUCGAAUGAAAAGAUUACAGACUAUGAAAAUUCAAUAUGCUGAAAACUGUCAUUACCGUAAACAAAGACUAUUAUCAGCCAAAAAUUAUUAUGCAAAUCCUCAUAUUCAAGAAAAAGUAAAAGCCCACAAGGUGAAGAGAUACCAAAGUGAUCAUCAUUUUCAACAAAAAAUGAGAAACUACAUUAUCAGAAGAUAUACCACAGAUCCUGACUAUCAAACCAGACAGAAACAAUAUGUGGUCCAGAGGUACAACACGGAUGCCAGCUUUCAAACCAGACAGAAACAAUAUAUGGUCCAGAGGUACAACACGGAUGCCAGCUUUCACACCAGACAGAAACGAUAUAUGGACCAGAAAUACAAAGAGGAUCAUGUCAGAGAAAGGAAGAAGGCAUACAUAAGAACAAAAUAUGCAUCGGAUCCAAACUACAGGCACAAACAAAAAAAAUCAAUUCAUGCCAGGUACCACAAUGACUCACAAUUCAGACUGCACCAUAUACAGCGCUGUGCCCAGUACCAGAGACACAAAAUGGCUACCACUGCAUCUUUCGCCAUUUAUAAAAAGUUGUGUGCACAGAGAAUAAAGAAGAAAUACAGCCGACUAGUAACACAAUUCCAGCAGGGUCCACAGUCUGAAGCACAGCCCCAGCUUGUAGUGAAUAGUGUGAUGCAAGCAGCCACAUUAGCUUUCCGUGAAAGAAUUAAGUUAGGACCCACCCAUGUCUGUACGGUGUGCCACAGAACUCUGUUUCCUAAUCAAGUUCAACACUGCAAACGAUCAAAGUAUGUUACAAAUAGUCACGUUGUUGACACUUGCUUGACAGGAAAAUUUGUCCAUGUUUGUGAUAGUGAAUGUACAGCUAAUUGUACCUUUCCAAAACAAAGAAUGCAAGAGUGGAUUUGCUACAACUGUGACAGCCACCUACAACGAGGAAAGAUCUCUUCCAUCGCAGAGGCAAACAAUUUAGCACUAGCACCCAUUCCAAUUGAACUGAGUCAAUUAAAUGUACUAGAACGACAACUGAUUGCUAAAAUUCUCCCGUUUGCCAAAAUCAUUGCAUUACCAAAAGGACAGCAAAGAGCCGUACAUGGGGCUGUUGUUUGUGUACCGUCGGAUGUGGAAACCACAGUAAACUCUCUUCCCAGACCUUGCAAUGAAGCCCAGCUCCUGCAGGUACAACUGAAAAGACACAUCAGAUUCAAAGGAUACCAACACUUCUACACUGUGAACAUGAAGAAUGUGUUAGCAGGCUUAUCAAAGCUAAAAGAGAUGCAUUCAGAAUACAAAGAUGUAUCUAUUGAUGAUGACGCAACUUUUGCUGAUCCCACAAAUAAUCAGAUAAUCGAGACGGAACAUGACACUGCUGAUGCAGAUAUUCAAGAUGUACUGCCCAGAAACUUCGACAACCAAAUUCUACCAGAAAGAAGAACCACUGAGGAUACAACAGCUGGAAUACUUGAGCCAUGUCAUGAUGUAAACGAACUAUUGGAGCCUGAACAAUCAAAUGGAGAGCCCUUACAAGAUAUGGAGAAAGAAAAGGAAGAACUUCGCCCCGGUCUUGUUCUAGACACCUGUAUGCAACCACCAGAUAUAGCACAGGACAUUUUAUCAUAUGGUGAAGGAAUAUUUAGCAUUGCACCCGCCCAAAGAAAUAGACCUGUUGGCUUCUUCUCUGUUCCUAAACUUGAAGCCAUGGCCUUUCCUGUGCAGUUCCCAACUGGACAGAACACAUUAGAUGAAGCCAGACAAGUCAAACUGUCCCCAAGCAUGUAUUUUAAUACACGGCUGUUCUCUGCAGAUACACGGUUUGCAACUGACCAAAGCUACCUAUUCUUUGCACAGUUUGUAACAGAAACACACAUGGCUACGAACAGCAUGUCCAUCCAAUUGCGCAAAGGUAAGGCAAUCACCAAGGAUGGACGUAGGAUUUGUAACAGAAUGCUUCAAAAUAAAGACGAAGUGGAGAGACUGAUAAAUAACAAAGAUGCAACACGCUUCAUGAAACCUCUGAGAGGUACUCCAGCCUAUUGGGAGAAGGCACUGAAAGAUCUCCAUGCUAUGGUCAGACAGUUAGGAAAGCCAACUUUUUUCCUGACAUUUUCAGCUGCUGAAAUGAGAUGGCCUGAGGUUGUUGAGGUCAUAAAAACUCAACAAGGUGAACAAGUGGAUUUUUCACAACUUGACUGGAACACAAAGUGUGAAAUUCUCCGAAGCAACCCUGUGACUGUGAUGCGAUUGUUUGAAAAAAGAGUCGAUGCACUAAUGACAACACUGAUCCUGUCCCCAGCACAGCCCAUCGGUGAAGUAGAAGAUUACUUUUAUCGAGUGGAGUUUCAGGCCAGAGGUAGCCCUCAUAUCCAUUUACUGGUUUGGGUCAAAGAUGCACCUAAAUUUGGAAGUGACCUUGAAGACCACGUAUACAAAUUUAUUGACAAGUACAUCACAUGUAAGAUGCCUGACCAAAAUGCCGAUCCUGAACUUCACAAAAUUGUGUCUGAGGUUCAAGUCCACAGCAGAAAUCACUCCAGAUCCUGUAAAAAAGGUAAUGUGUCAUGUAGGUUUGGGUUCCCCAAACUACCCGUAGACCAAACAAUGAUCACUUUCCCAAGCCCAGAUGAUGACGAUGAUCACAAUGAUAAGCAGCAUAGCACAAGUAAGGAGAAAGGCACAAAUGAAAAACAAAAGCAAAAAAACAGACAAAUGGCUCUCGCAAAAAAACAGAAAGAGGCCAAAGAAAAACUCCAGCCAUUGAGAGAUUUGCUCUGUGACCCAAAUUCCUCGUUUGAAGACUUGUCUGAGCUGCUUCAGAAAUGCAAAUUAACUUAUGAACAGUACUUGGAUUGUGUCUUCAAUUUAAGCAAUGGCCAUGUCAUCCUCUUAAAGCGUGAACCUAAUGACUGCUGGGUGAAUGCAUACAAUGCAGAUCUGCUGAGGGCCUGGAAUGCCAACAUGGACAUCCAAUAUGUCAUUGAUGACUACAGCUGCCUGAUGUACAUGAUGUCUUAUGUCUCUAAACCUGAAUUUGAGAUGACACAAUUUCUUAAUGGAGUCAUCCAGGAGGUAAAAAAGUCCAAUAUCAAUGAAAGAGAUGAAAUGAAACAGAUAAUGCAGGCAUAUGCUAAACACAGAGAAGUCAGUGCCCAAGAAUCUGUGGCAAGGACAUGCAGCCUGCCACUAAAAAGUGUUCACGCAGUGUGGUGUUCAUACAGACUGAUGAUGAUGCCCUGAAAAUGAGUCUCCCGAUGAGCAGGUUGCAAAGCAUGGCACCAGAUGAUGAAAAUGUGUGGAUGUCUGGAUUGCCAGAAAAAUAUGCAAACAGACCCAGAACACCUGAGUUUGAAAGAAUGUGUUUGGCUGAAUUUGCUUCAGAGUACAGGAUUCUCUACAGCCGUCAAACAGAGUCAAAAAAUGCCAUCCCUCUUUUGAAUAACAUGGGUCAUAUUCAAAAGAGAACAAGAGGGAAACCUGCAAUAAUCAGAUAUCCUCGGUUCUCAGAAAAGAAACAACCAGAGAAGUUUUAUAGCAGACUACUAAAACUUUAUUUUCCACAUCGAUCAAAUGAUGACCUUAAAAACACAAAAUACCCCACAUCCGAACAGUUCUACAAAAGUGGAGGAAAACAUGGUUUUGCAGUGCGGCCAAUUGUUACCUUUAACAAAAAGCGUUAUGAAAGCCAUGGCAAAACAAUGGAAAGGGCACUGGAACAGAUUGAACAACAAGGCCACUUAUCAAUGCAUGGAACACCUUUGCACCUGAGGUUGAAGUAGAUCGUUUAGAGUGUGUGGCCCAACGACAAUCCAGACAUGACACUGACGAAAAUGAAAUGGACAUUGUUCCAGACUACCAAGUCAGUGGUAGCAGCAGUGGAGCCAUGCCAGCAAUCAUAGCACCAAAGCUGAGCCCAGACUUUGUCAGAAAAAUGUACCAAAGUCUGAAUGAAACUCAAGCAUCCAUAUUCUACGCAGUGCGUGAGUGGUGUUUCAAACUUGUGUGGGGUCACUGUCCUGAGCAGUUCUUUUAUUUUGUCUCUGGAGGAGCUGGCUGUGGAAAAUCACAUGUUAUCAAGUGCAUAUAUGAGGAGGCAACAAAGAUUUUGCACCAACUCCCCAGAUUCCGUGACCAAGCAGACAUAUCCUACCCUGCAGUCCUGCUGGCUGCAUUUACUGGGACUGCAGCUUUUAACAUAUCUGGGAAAACACUGCACUCUCUGCUAAAGCUGCCAAAAUCUUUAAAACCGCCGUAUCAGGGACUGGGGAAUGCACUGGAUGAAGUGAGAGCUUCACUUUCAAAUGCAGAGAUUCUGGUCAUUGAUGAGAUAUCUAUGGUUUCUAAAGACCUUUUUGCCUACAUCCACUGGAGACUUCAGCAGAUCAAAGGAAACAAGAAGCCUUUUGGUGGGAUGUCUAUCCUUGCAGUAGGAGACUUUUACCAGCUGCCACCCCUUGGAAAAGCCAAACCACUCUGUGUGUACGAGGACAAUGUCCUUGAUCUCUGGAAAGACUAUUUCCACAUGGUCAACCUGACAGAAAUCAUGCGACAGAAAGA